GCCGGCGGGGGACAUCCGGGCUGUGUAAAGGAAGUAAGUGACGUUUUGUACUCGGGCUGGAGCCGGAGGAGGAGAAUGGCUGCGCAGGGAGAAGUAGCCAAAUUUUUACAAACACAGAAUGGAAUUCCUUCACCCAGUCCAGUCAACAGUGCUGUGGACCCUUACCAUGCCUGCAGCAUCCUCCAGCAACUUAAGGCAAUGUACGACGAAGGCAAGCUGACGGAUAUCGUCGUGCAGGUGGAUCACGGCAAACAUUUUUCUUGUCACAGAAACGUCCUUGCAGCAAUCAGUCCGUACUUCAGAUCUAUGUUCACUAGUGGCCUUACAGAAAGCACACAGAAAGAAGUCCGAAUAGUAGGCAUAGAAGCAGAGUCCAUGCAGCUCGUCCUAAACUACGCCUAUACCUCCAGGGUUCAGCUGACUGAGGCCAACGUCCAAGCUUUGUUCACUGCAGCUAGCAUCUUCCAGAUCCCUCCACUCCAAGACCAGUGCGCCCAGUACAUGAUCAGUCGCCUGGACCCCCAGAACUGUAUAGGUGUAUUUAUUUUUGCCGAUCAUUACGGUCACCAAGAACUGAAAGAUAAGUCUCAAGAAUACAUCCGUAAAAAGUUCUUGUACGUCACCAAAGAGCAGGAGUUUCUGCUAUUGAGGAAGGACCAGCUUAUAAGUAUCCUCAACAGUGACGACCUGGAUGUGGAUAAGGAGGAGCACGUCUACGACAGCAUCAUUUCUUGGUUUGAACAUGACCAGGCUGAUAGAGAGGAGCACCUCCCCGAGAUCUUUGCCAAAUGUGUCCGCAUGCCUCUUAUGGAAGAACAAUUUGUGGAGAAGAUCCCUCCCAUGUUUGCACGGGCAAUGCCUAAAAACCACGUCCAAAAGGGAAAGCUCAGUGCCAAUUACUGUAAUCGGCGUCUCGGCAUGACCGCUUCAGAAAUGAUCAUCUGCUUUGAAGCCGCCAGUAAACACUCAGGGAAGAAACAAACUGUGCCUUGUCUGGACAUCCUCACAGGAAAGGUCUAUAAACUAUGCAAACCCCCAGGGGACCUGCGCGAGGUCGGCAUCCUUGUGACGCCAGAUAAUGAACUCUACAUUGCCGGGGGCUACAAACCUAGCAACAACGACGUCUGUAUAGACCACAGAGCGGAAAGUGACUUCUGGUUGUACGACCAUGCGAACAAUAGGUGGUUGGCUAAAGCGCCCCUGCUCAGAGCACGUAUAGGUUGCAAAUUGGUUCACUGCUGUGGUAAGCAAUACGCAAUAGGGGGGCGAGUUUAUGAAGGCGAUGGCCGCAACCCGCUCAAGUCCGUAGAGUACUAUGACGUAAGAGACAAUUGUUGGACGGCUGUGAGUUUAAUGCCAGUGGCGAUGGAGUUUCAUAGCGCUGUAGAAUAUAAAGACAAGAUAUACAUUCUACAGGGCGAUGUAUUUCUGUGCUAUGAUCCUCACAAAGAUUAUUGGUGUUACUUAACUCCCAUGAGUGUGCCGAGAGUUCAAGGCAUGGCAGCUGUGUACAAAGAGAACAUCUACUAUGUAGCUGGAAUCCGAGGCAACCAGCGGGUGCUCACCGUCGAAGCUUACGAUGUCGAGCAGAACCGGUGGACUCGAAAGAGCGAUCUUCCAUGUGAACAGUCUUCUAACCCGUACAUCAAACUUUUGGUCCUGAAGGGUAAACUCCACUUAUUUGUGCGUGCGACCCAAGUCAGCGUAGAGGAGUUCGUUUUCCGAACCAGUCGAAAAAAUUCCCUCUACCAGUAUGACGAGGUGGCUGACAGUUGGAAAAAAGUCUACGAAACACCCGAGAGGCUAUGGGACUUGGGCCGUCACUUUGAAUGUGCAGUUGCUAAACUUUAUCCCCAGUGUCUUCAAAAGGUUUUGUAGACUUUAAAAUGGCUUUUCUAAGCUGCCAUGGGGAAGAAGGAAAA